AUGGCUUCGAAAACAGUUCCCGUGCGCGCACCAGGAAAGCCACCUGCUGCUGGCCUUCCAAACCAAACGUGGGUUGCUCCUCUGGUCGUAUACGGAAGGUUGCUAAUAAUUUGUAGUCUGUACUGCACCAACCUCUCAGACAAGCUCCGAAAACAAGAUCUUCGGCUCUCACUCUACACUCUUUUCUCCACCUACGGCGCAGUUCUCGACGUGGUAGCUGUGAAAACCGAAAAGAUGCGCGGUCAAGCCCAUAUUGUCUUCAAAGAUGUUCAAGCAAGUACACAGGCAAUGCGUGCCCUUCAGGGCUUUGAGUUCUUUGGCAAGCCAAUGAAAAUUGUCUACGCCAAGGGCACAUCCGACGUUAUUGCUAGACUUCGCGGAACUUACAAUGCACCAGUCACAGCUCCCGGUCAAGCGACAGGUGUAUCCACAGAUCUUCAAAAGUCAAUCUUCAGUGGACCUCCCGGGUCAGUUGCUCUACCCCCGAAACCUCCCGGAGAACCCAACGGAACCACACAGGGACUCAAACGGCCUCGUGAAGAUGAAAGCGAUGAAGAGGAGGCUCCGAUGGAGGAGGAUAGUGACGUGCCAAUGGAGGCAUCCUCGGACGAGGAUUAA